AUGGUGCGAGCUGAUCCAGAUCCUGUCGAGCGAGUGCGAUGGACGAGCACGCGACGGCAUGUGGCCGGGGGAGUGGAGGACGACGAUGAUGACAGGGAGUCAAUGCUGAGAGGAGGCGUGCGGCUGGUGCCCGCGGAGGAUUACGCUCCCCUUGCGCUCGACGAUCCAUGGUGGGUGAAGCUGCUGGGAUUCAAGAGCCCAAGGAAAGCUGUCAUGUUCGCCGCCUUCGUCAUCGGCAUGGGACUCUACUUCAUCAUCGCUGGAACCGUUGCUCAAAGUCUGGACAUGAUGGACACGUCUACUAACAGUCUAGAGAACUGGCUCGACAUGCUUAGAGUCUCUCACUUCCGCAAGCCCCAGGGCGCGGGCGUGCAGUACGUCGACAAGCAGCUCGCACUCAAAGGAAGGAGUGCAGGCCGCGGCGUUUUCUCAGACGAAGUUCGUCUUCCUGUUGGCAUAGCGCUGCAGUUUCAUCAAGCUGUUGCUCAGAUGGAGGCGAAGGAGUGCGCAUCAGGGGACAUUUUUCAUUAUGUGUGUUACACAACAUCUCGAAGACACCAGAAGAAGUUCAAAGACAUGAAGAAAUCGCUCAACUCCCUCAUCCUCGAUGUGUCCCGCGACCCUGGCGGCUCAAGCUUGCCAGGAAGUCGCAAGCAGAUGCUCCUAUCUUUGCUCGCUCAGGCACUCAAGUAUGGCGUCACCACUGAAAUUGCUCGAAAUGACCUCGACGUCAACACGGCAUCGAUUCUUCAGGACACGCUGAUUGGCAUUCGAGAGAAGGAGAAGCAGCACAGCGAGUACAACGAUAUCAUGCUCUUCCCUGGCACCUCGCGCCUCCUCUACCGGGGCUCCUUCCUGGGCCUCAGGUGA